AUGGCGUUCUGGUGCUCCUCCCACGUGGACCCUACAAAGAUGGCGACUGUCCCACGAUCUAAAGCCUCACCUAAGAUGGCGGAUCCUACCAAGACUUUACCACGUGUUCCGGAAAAUGGCGCAGCGAACGCUGUUGCCCUAGCAACGGUAAACUCGACCCUUGUUAAAGAGAAGCCGGCACCAGGAAAAAAUAGGCAGGAAACCCUGACCCCCAGAAGAAAUAAAAAUAACGCACCGCUGCACACCCACAAAGAAACUAAAAGAAACAACGGUGCCAAGGGCAAACCUGUGACAAAAUGCAGGAAACGACCACCCGAGAAGCAAGGGGAACCCCGAAGUCAAACCUCCAAACUGCGCGCUGCCUCCGAACGCGAUCCGCCGAUCGGGCUGCCGCCGCUGCGAAGCUCCGGGCACUGCGAAAUGUGUACCGUGAUGAAGAUGUGCACCGGGAUGAAGAGGCGGCUCGCGCGGCACCACAAGGGUCUUCCCGCUGCGCAAAUCGGACCACCAAGGAAGCAAAUUGAAAUACGCGGAAGUAGCGAUUCUGGCUCCUCUCCUUUUCCUUGUGAGUGCCACAGCGCGAGCGCUCACUCCGGGACUUAA